CAUGGGUCUGCUGGCCACACUGAGGUCCAAACAAACAAAGUCUGCUAUUGGAGUGAUGGUGACUGCAAGUCACAAUCCAGAGGAGGACAAUGGUGUAAAGCUGAUUGACCCAAUGGGAGAGAUGAUAACCCCAGCUUGGGAGGACUAUGCCACCCAGCUGGCCAAUGCAGAGCAAGAAGCUCUGUGCACUGCACUGAAAGACAUAAUUGAGAGAGAAACCAUUAACAUGUCUGAAAAAGCUUCUGUUUUCAUCGGAAGAGAUACAAGGCCAAGCAGUAAAAGCCUGUCAAUGGCGGUUAUGGAUGGAGUUUCCAGUUUGGAGGGGAACAGUUUAGACUAUGGACUGGUAACCACACCUCAGCUGCAUUUUAUGGUUCGUUGUUGCAACACCCAAGGUUGCUAUGGUACUGCCACAACACAAGGCUAUUAUGAGAAACUUUCCAAGGCUUUCAUCGAACUCACUAAGCAUGGUAAAAAUCGCACCGAUGUUAAAAAGAGACUGAUGGUGGAUGGAGCUAAUGGUAUUGGAGCGCUUAAGUUGAAAGAAAUGGAACCUUUCCUCCAGUCUGAGCUGCAGGUGAAACUCUUUAAUGAUGGCAGCAGUGGCAAACUCAACUAUCUGUGUGGAGCUGACUACGUGAAAGUACAGCAGAAACCCCCACAAGGUAUGAAAAUAGGACCAGAUGAGCGAUGCUGCUCCUUUGAUGGUGAUGCUGAUCGGGUUGUUUACUAUUACAGUGACUCGGCUGGAUGUUUUCAUCUGUUGGACGGAGAUAAAAUAGCUACUCUCAUUAGCACAUACCUGAAGGACCUGCUAACACAGGCAGGACUAAAUCUGCAAGUGGCUGUUGUUCAGACAGCAUAUGCCAAUGGAAGCUCUACACAAUAUCUUGAAAACGUCAUGAAGGUUACAGUAUGCUGUACAAAGACAGGAGUAAAGCAUCUACACCAUGCAGCUCAGGAGUUUGACAUUGGAGUUUACUUUGAAGCCAAUGGCCAUGGAACGGUUCUUUUUAGUAAAAAUGCUAUGGAGCAGAUCCAGCAGCUAGCCAAAGACCAAAGUGCUAACGGAGAGAAGAAACAUGCAGCAAAGCUUCUGGAGGGCACUGUCAACCUCAUCAACCAGGCUACAGGUGAUGCUAUUUCUGAUAUGCUGCUAAUUGAAGCUGUUCUGGCUAUCAGAGGGAUGACUGUUCAGGAAUGGGAUGCCAUUUACACAGACCUGCCCAAUCGACAACUCAAAGUGAAGGUAGCAGAUAGGCGCGUAAUAGAAACAACGGAUGCAGAGCGUCGUGCAACAACACCAGAAGGAUUACAAGACUCCAUAGAUGCUCUGGUCAAGAAGUUCAAGCAAGCCAGAGCCUUUGUUAGACCCUCUGGCACUGAGGAUGUUGUCAGAGUGUAUGCUGAGGCUGACACACAGGAGAGUGUAGAUAGCCUGGCACAUCAAGUAAGUCUGGCUGUACACCGACUGGCUGGAGGGGUGGGAGAGGAGCCAAAGCCUUUACAAUAAUCCUGACUGUCAAUGCUGUUCAUAUUAAUGUUCAAUUGAUUGUAUUUUCUACCUGCACUUUUUUAAACUGGAUUAUAUUUUUAUGUAAUUUUUGUCCCUGUCAUGUAAAAAGCAUAUAUAAAAAAAAUCAUAAAAAGUUAAUCACAAUUUUUAUUUUUGCUUUAGGGGAAAAACAGCAAUUAAUUAUUCUUACACCUACCUAAACAGAUGCUGAUCUUAACGACAAUAAUAAAAAUCAUACACUGAUUACAUACAGCAUUACUUUUUAAUCUUUAGAAGUCUGGUUUUGGGAUUAAAUAUGAAUGAAAGAUAUUCCACUCACUAGCUUUGCAUAAUGUUAUAGUCCAUCAGUGUUCCCUUCAGUUGUUGAUGGGACAGUUAUUAUUGUAACACCUUAUUGUAACACCUUACCAGAACUUCAGUUGAGUCUAAAUAACAGCUCUGACUUGUAAGAACAAGGUAACAUUAAUGCCAAUAUGUCAUUUGGUGCUGAAACUGUAAUUGUGGAAAUAAAU